AUGAUAAAUGACUAAGCUAAAAGACUAUUAGAAAUUAACAACCCUGAAGAUUUCAAAGUAUUUUCAAGAAAAUCUUUAAUUUAUAACCUCAUUGAAGAUUGUGGUGAGUAUUAAGUAAAUGAACAUUAUAUUCAAUAAGGUAUAUUUGAUUAAUUAAAAUUUGCUAAAAAGGAUGAAAUAUAAAAGAAUAGUCUUGAAAAUAAAUUAAUUUAGAUAUUUAAGAAAAGUUUAUCAAGUAAUUAAAAGAAUAUGAAAAAUUCUAAUUUGCUAAAAGAAAAAUAUAGUUAAAUUUAAUAAAAACGCCUAAGUCUUAAUGCUAAUAAUGGUACUACGAAAAAUUAUUCAGAAGAUUCAUUUUAUGCUUUAUAUCAAAAGAGUGAAGGAUAAACGUUCUAAAAAUUGUCAAUAAAAGCUUCUACAUUUUAGAAUUAAACUGAUUGUUAUUGUUGUUUAGUUAUUGAAGAAAUGAAUGAUUCUUAAAGACAUAACAUACUUUAAAAUGUUGCCAGAGACAAUAAAUAAAAUUUUUUUGAGUUUUGUUUAUAUUUAGGAGAUUUAAAAAAUAAAAUUAUUCAAGGGUUUGCUAAUAAGGUCAAAGAAAUUGACAUCUAGAUUUCAUACAUAAAAUGUGAUCCCUAUACUUUAAUAAAUACAUAAGCAGAUAAAUUAAUGCAAUUAAUCAUUAAUUUAAUUGAAAACUCUAUUUAAUUUUAGACAAGAGAAAAAGUAUAAAAUAGUUUUUAGAAAAAUAUUAAUGAAUUUUCAUAAAUAAUAAUGUAAAAUUAAAUAAUUGAAAAAGAAAAUCUUUCAAAUCAAAAAAGCAAUAGUAAUUAGUGUGAAAAAGUUUUUAUUAGUAAUAAUUUAGGCUUAAACCUCAAUUCUUAAUUAUUAAAUCAAUAAAAAAUCAAACAAGAGGUCUAAAUAUAAGAAGAAGAUUCAAAAUCUAUUUUUAAAAUGUAGUAUCCUAAUUCAAGCAAUAAUUUUGAUGAAUUUUAUUAGCAAAAUAAAAUUUUAGAUUCAAAUUAAGUAGAGAUAAAGUUUGAGCUACUCAUUGGAGAAUAGGAAUUGUCUAAUGUAAUAAAAGUAACUGUUAAAGACUAUGGUAUAGGAGCGUCUCUAAGCAAAAUAUUAAAAAUGCUUGAAAUUUUAAAUACUAAGAACACAGAUUUCUCUUCUGAAUAUUAAAAUAAUAGCUUUUUAGGAUGGAAAAUUAAUUAUCAUAUUAUUGGUAACUUAGGACCUUUUUAUAAUUUCUUCGUAAAAAGUCAAGAAGACUAACUUUCUUUAGAAUAGUCUAAUAAGAGUUUUUAUAAUAUCAACAGAAUUGACGAAUUAAAAGAGUUAGUUAAAAGAUCAUCAAAUAUUUCAAAUCUUUUAAAAAAAAGUAGGAAAAUAUCUAAUUAGUUUACCGAAUAUUCCUGUUUGUAUUAUAAGAGCUAAUCAAUUUAUCAAUAAAACCUUAAUCUAAAUAAAUUGAAUAGUCAACUCAGCAAAUAAAAUACAGAAAGAGUAAUACAAAACUCUACUUAUAAUACUUAACGCAUAUACAAAUUUAUCAAGGAUAAAGUUAAAAUAAAUGAUAACCUCUAAAAUAGUAAAAGUUGCUAAUAUAUUUGA